GUGCUGAUGAGAAUGCUGUUACAGAAGCAGUUAAGCCAAAACUGGAAGAAUUACAGAAAGCUGGAGAAGUGAAAACCAGAGAAGCAGAUGAGAACUUGGAGAAACACUGCCCUAUAACUGUUAAACAUCCUAAACUAGAGGAAGCAAAUGAGAUGCUGAAAACACAAGUCAGUUUGAGUGCUCAGCUGGAACGGCCAAUGAGUAAUGCUGUCAGUAGCCCUUUGCUGAAUUGGGAUAACUCACCAACAGUGAGCAAUCAGUCUGCCAAAGUGAUGAGGUCAGAUGAAGAUGCUACUAAAUGUUGCAGAAAAAGGCAGGGAUAUGAAGACAACAGGAAAGACAAUGGAGACCCAAGAUCCCCUAUGCCAUCCAAAAGGAAAUAUGAGACUGUUGUAAUAUGGGUGAUGCUGUGCCACUGCAGCAGCAGCCAUGAAGAGCACUCCUGUUUGACACCUGGUGGCAGCAAACCACUAAAGGUAACUUAAAAAGAAAAAAUUGUCUGGGAAAAUGAAGUAGACAUCUCGGUACGCAAUGCCUGGGAGAGUCUCAUGAUGCACAAAGCCAAAAAUUCGCCAAGUUUGUUCACACUUGGGCUACCUGAACGAGAUGAGCAAAAGGAAAAUUGUAAGGUGCAGUGA